CGUUCUCCGACAUAUUUUUCCUACCUUGGCGAGAUAAGCUUUCAAAUACUCACACAAAAACAUGUUUUUAAACAAUGAAUAAGAGAGUAGACAUUCAUUUCCGUCUCUUAAGGAAAUCUAUAUUCUACAAAUGUGACAUACUUUUUCAAACCGCUGAAUUUGUGUUGUACAUGUAGUUUAGCCGAGGGAGUUAGCAAUGUUUACAGAACUCAACAGCAUCCUCAGCGCCUCUCCUGACUCUUUCACACAGGAAGAAUUUAUCCUAGUCUCCGACAGACAGAGUGACGCAUCUUUUCUUAUUCAUCACUUCCUUUCUUUCUACCUACGAGCGCGAUGCAAAGUGUGUUUUCUGGGCUUGGUGCAGUCAUUUUGCCACUACAGUGCAGUGAGUCAAAGACUGGGUGUCAGUUUAACACAGGCAAAGGAGAAAGGUCAGCUGGUUUUCUUUGAGGGAUUGAAGGAGUGCCUGUCUGUUCUGAUCCCAAAUAAAAACAAUGUGGAAAGUGAAGCUAUGAACUUUCUCAGGGACCCACCAGUGGGCCUGAGGAGUCUGUAUGAGUUUGUUCACUCCAGUGUGAUCGGCUCAGGCAGCAUGGAGGAAGGAGCAGAGCAGUGGGGACCCAGUGUGCUGCUGGUGGAUGACCUCAGCGUACUGCUGAGUCUGGGCGUCGACGUUGGCGCUGUUUUGGACUUCAGCCAUUACUGCAAAGCUUUAGUUUGCUCCCAAAUGCAGGGGAACAUGGUGAUGCUGGUUCGCUGUAAUGGAGAAGACGAUGAUCUUGAUGGAGAUGAAGGAUCAGAGGUUCUACUGAAGGGUCUGACCCACCAAUGUAAUCUUAAUCUUCAUGUACAGGGUCUCCCCACGGGCUACUGCAAGGACAUACAUGGUCAGAUGGAAGUUUGUUGGAAGAGGAGACAAGGCGAUGCACCACACAUGCAGAAAAAACUCUUUCAAUACAAAGUUCAUGAUAAAGGAGCAUCCUUUUUUGCCCGAGGGACAUCCAGUGCUGUUCUUUAACUCCACAUUUUGUUUUUCUCACAUGGACUUUUAAAAUCAAGAGUUAUUAUAGUUUUGACUGAUGUUCAAACUCUAAUUUUUCCUGUUCUAUGAUCCUGCAUUAUCAUUGUCCUUAUCUGGAGGAUGUGAUCUGUGAUAUGCAGCUUACUUCCUGAUUCCAGGUGACUGUUUAUUUAUUGGAUCUUAGUGAUAUUACCUGUUUAUAUUCAUGGCAAUGUUUAAUUAGGAUAAAUUCAAUUUUUAUGACGAUAGGGUUUAUGAACAUGCACAUUUCUUGAAGUUCAGAAACAGUCUCAUCCCUUCUUAAAACCUUUCUUUCAAAGCACAAUUUUUUUUCAUAUUUUAAAAUGGAAUUAAGCAGCUGUUCUCCGAUUGUUUUUUCCCACUAAUUUAUACCCCAAUAUCUUGUCUUGUUAACCCCUCAUGACUCCUUUCAGUCAGUAUGUUUAUAGCAGUAAGGUCAAUUCCAAAGUAUUAUGGUAUUGUGUUGAAUUGGUUCCCAUAUUUCCAAGUGCAUGUGUUGGUACUUCACUAUUCCUGACUUGCUGCCACACAGUUGAAAACCAUGCACUCACACAAAUUUCCAUGUUUUUCCAUGUAAUAUUAAAGUAGAAGGAAAAAACAUCAGCAAAAACCUGAAACAGGAUGAGAAAAGUGCAUCAACUUUCAGCUGAACAAUUUAGUGAACAUCAAAUAGUGACGAGAAGCUUUUUGAAUUUAAUUUUGUUUGUGCAAAAAUGAAUAUUUUUAAUAAAAAAUGAAAAAAAUGAAAUAAAAAGUAUCAUAUUGAUCAUU